ACGAUUCUUUCAAGAUUGUGGUGGGGAAGGAUUUUAUGACCGGACUCGGUUAUUGUCUUGAUCUUACAGGAUUUGAACAGCCUGCAGGUGGAGGGAUGAGUCUCUCCCCUGUGACUGGCACUGAGGUGCCAGAGACGGCAAAUGGGGUGGUGACACCAGUGUCUUUGGAGAAUGGUCCUCAUGCACCAGCAGCAGUGAAAUGUGGAGGCAGCAGAUUACCAGGAACCGGAGAGGAACCACUGGAUGGGUCCCCCGAACACACAGAGAACAAUGUGGAAAACAAAGUUUACACCGAAAACAACCUCUUGGACACUGAGAAAGACCUCAAUGACAGAACGUCUACUUUAUCAUUAAACAGUCCUCAGGAGGCGGACCUCUCAUUAGACGACAGGACGAGUACUGGAUACUCCGAAUCCAAAGACAUUCCUAAGACUGAUGGUGCGCACAACUUGGUGCUCUUGUUGGAUUCGGCACAGCAGGGAGAGUCGAUCCACUCGUGUCAGCGAGGAGGCCCUUUCACAACAGACAGACGACAGACAGGAAGUACAGAGAGAGGCGCUGAGAGUAGGGAGGAGGAAGAAGAUGGAGAGAAAGAGAAACAGGAUGAGGAGAAAGAUGAAAAGAGCGAAAACAAGUGGAGGAGCUCAGAAGGGAGAACAGAGAUGGCGUCUUCACAGCAUUAUUCCUCCUCCGCCCCUGGUCCAAGUACCUCCUCCUCUUCUCCACCUGUUCUUAACUCGGAUGAUACCCCAUGUCCUCCUCAUAUAAUGGCCCAGGUUUGGGUUCGCAAUGUUCGAGGGAUGCAGGACAGCAAGAGCCUGGAUGAAAUAAGCCAAGCGUGUGGAGGUGGAUCAGGAGCACGAGGGGGUGGCAGAAGCGGACAGUCGGAAGGCAGACGGGCCACGAUCUCUUCAGCUCUGGAGCUAGAGGGAACCGUCAGUCAUGAAGGAGACCUAACCAACUUCAUCACCAAGAACCUGGAGCAGAAGAUCAAAAUGAGCUCCAAGCCCAGUCUGGACUGCAGUGAUUCUGACUGCUCAGGUCCUAUCUACCGGAGCCGAGGGUUGUCUCGGAGACCGGCAGAUAUCCCACCCAUCGAUCCUACAGUUUUAUUGGAUCUCCAGAAACACACCCAGGAGGUGGCACACAGUGUGGAGAUGAUGAUGAAGAGCCUCAAUGGAACCAUACAGAAUAUGACAGCUCUGAGUGUCGGCUACAUCCAGACCUACAGAGACUCAGUGGACAGCUUGGGAGAGUCUGUAGACAUGAGUAUAAAGGGCAUGUACACCCUAAUGGCCCGCUGUGAGGAGUUGGAUCGUUCCAUGCAGCCCAUACACACUUUGGCUGCUCAGAUCCGGGACAUCAAACGCACUCUGGAUGCCCUGGAGGCGAUCUGCAAGUAACCCUCUUCUGUCAGGCCCGAACACGCACCCGAACGCUGCGAAGGCUCGACGCCACGCUCGUCCUGAUAAAGGAUGCUGGCAAGCAACGCAACCCUCCGCAGGUAGCACACACACACUGCAGCGAAGAUUAAAAGCGCACCACUGGAGUCUGGGAAUCAUCGCUGUUUGGCAUGCUGACUGAUCGCCGCCCGUAGUUCUUCUUCUCUUCGUCUUUUGAAGUCGGCCCAUUUUGCGAUGCGGGAUCGAAAAAGAAUUGUCUCGACUUUCCUUCUAAUCAAGUUCUCAAGAAACAAAAUCUUACAAAUUAACUCUGUUUGGGGACAUCAGACCUUGAACACACACAUGCAGACACACACACAAGAAUCCUUGAAGAAAGGGGAUACAUGCAUUCUUUUUCUUUUCCACUGGCCCGAGUGUGUCAUUUGUUUUAGUCCAGCCAGCGCCGUUCAGAUUGCACUAACCUCUCUUUUCCAGAAGGGGGCAAUAUUUCUGUCUCUGGAGAGGCAAGAAGGAACUGCUCAAAAGACCGUGACAUUUGCACUGAAACAGAAAGUCUAUUUUUUAAUCUUAUGCAACCGAUUCUUUCACUGCAGGCUAAGUAAGAGCAGUGGGAGUGUGUGUGUCUCCUCUGUUUUUAUUUAUUUAGUUUGUUUCUCAGCAUGCACGCUUGUUCAAAAAGUCUGCGUCUCCGUGUCAUCGGGAGCCAGCUCAGUAACGUCUGCUGUCUAAUGAACUCAGUCAGUACUGAGAGUGUUUCACUUUAUCCACUCAGAUUCUCUUGCGUCAAUUUAAAUGGAGCUGUCAACCUUUAAAUUACAGGUCUGCUUCUUUAAAAUCAAGCCACGGUCUGUCAUCUGUGUUCAGCUAAAAUCUGUCUUCUUUCUGUUCUGGCUGUGUAAUCCCAGAUUAUGUGGAAAGCAUAACAUGAGAAGUAUCUCAAGUGUCUUUGAAUAUUGUUGAAAUAAUAAAAUAUUUAUAAGCUUCAGAUGCUGAAUGGAUUUAACUUUCAGAUGUUGUCAGUAAGGCUGAGUGUGGAUUUUAUUUUAAUUUUUUUUCCCACGUAAUUUUGUUUUGAAGCCUGGAAAUUUUUAAGAAUUCGUUUGCGUCAGAAUUUGUCAUGAAAGUAAACAUUUCUGUGCAAACCACACUUAUCAGACCACAUCAGUGAACAUUGUUUUCUGGGUUUAAAACACGGCAAAGACAUGAGCAGUAUGCACAGUUUUCAGCUAUUAAGGCCUGACAAAAAUGAGAAUUAGAUCACUUUACUUGUGUAAAGUGCAGUCCACCUACCACACAGUUUAUAUGUCGCAGAAAUAUUCUUACUUAUUAAAAGUACCUCAAAUCACCUAAAAGUCAAUCUGAUUACCUUGAAUUAUUUUUUGCUCAUGUUGUGAUCAUUUGAUUUUCUGUGUCGAAACGUUUCACACAUCAUACUGUUUUAAUUCAUUCACCACAACUGAUAACUUAUUUAACACAAAGCUAAAGGAAAAAGUUUGAUCUAAGAAUAAAAAAAAGUUAACUAA